AUGAGCAUAUGGGUCGAUAUCUUGAACGUGGCGACUGCCAUCGCCCAGGUCAUUCUGAGUCUCAGUCUCACGCCGGAUCUCUACAGCGUACACCGCCGCAAAGGCACCGGACAGAUGGUUGCACUUCCUCUCGUAGCAAUGGCAGUAAAUAACCGCGCAUGGAUGCUGUACGGCUAUCUGGCAGACAACAUGUUUCCGAUUUUUGCAACUCAAGCGUUCAGUCAGACCGCAGCAUUGAUCUACAACGUCAUUUUCUUCAGCUACACUGUGCCUGAAAAGCGCAAAGCUCUGUACAAACUGUACUCCCGAGCGUUCGCUGUGCACUGUAUGUUCUCCAUCUACACGAUUCUUGGAGUGUCCGGUGUCACAAACCAGACCAAGGGACAGGUUGGCGACUGGGUUGGCUACGCUGCAAUCGUCAUCAAUAUUUGGAUGUACGCGUCACCGCUGGGCACUCUGAAACAUGUGAUCGCGACCAAGAACUCUGCCUCUAUUCCAAUUAACCUGAGCGCCAUGAUCUUUGUGUCGGCGUCGUUGUGGCUUGCGUCGGGAAUCGUGGACAAUGAUUUCUUCGUGUGGGGGAUCAACGCUAUCGGUACGAUGCUAAGUUUUAUCCAGAUUGUAGUGUACUACAUCUUCAGACCAACGCAAGAGCAAGACGGGAUGAAGAGCGGAGGCGUGACGAUUGUCGUUGACAACACUAUUACAGCGACUGUCGAGAGUCCAGCGUACAAACCGAUGUCAUCCCCAAUAAUAUCUCUGAACAAGGAAGCACUCUAA